CGAUUAAAACUUAGUAAGGAGUGGUUGUGAGAGUUGCAAUAAUGGCAGUACAAGCUUCAAAUAAUAGGCGCAGUAUACGUGAGGUGCAGCAAACCUUUGCCGAGUCCCUCGGAUAUGCCAAUGAAAUUAUUUGGGAUCUCUUAUCCGUCAAUCAGGCACAUAUUUUGAAGUUAAAAAUCAAGAAUUUAAUACAGGAUCCCGUUGUGCCGGCCGGACUGACGGAAGAGGAGAGAGCAAAAGCAGAAGCUAAGGUACAAAAACAAAAAGCUGCCAAUGAAGAUCUGCGCGAGACUUUUUUCAAUGCCAUUUGGUCGCAGCGUAAAUACUGCAAUCGGCAGUCGCUCACGUCCAUCUUCUAUGUCAUGGUUGCCACCGAUGAAACGGACCAUACGAAAGCAGCAAUUGCUACAGAAUGGUCCUGUCAUCCCGUUGUUCGUGUACGGCGUUGCGUUUCAAUCAGCGAAGAUAGCACAAAUAGCUCCGAUUGCUGCAUGGUCUUUGUGGACGAUCAGGGUCGGGUGUAUCAGAACUGGAUGGCCUAUGUGGAGAAUAAUGAGUUGCCCAAGGGUAUCAUGGUGGCGCCACGACGAGGUGUCUACAAUCUGAUCAAUAAUGUGGUUCAGUUGGAGACAUGGCUAACGCCAGUCUCAACUACCAGGAGACAGGUGCUCAAUGCCAUGGAUACGACGACGGCUGUCACUGGCCUGGCAGCAGCUAGUGUGCCACUAUUGGGCUUACUGGCUGUGCCUAUCGCUGGCCCAGUUAUGGCCGCUGCCGGGCUCGCGGCUAUGGUCUGUGGCGGCUAUGGGCUGGGUCGGUCAGCCUCCCAGUUGGUUGAUCGCGGCACCCACGAACAAUCGAUUAGCAUAACCAAUCGCACGGCCCGCAAUCACUGGCUGGGCGUAGGAGGCGGCACAGUGGCCUUGGGUGCAGCAGGCGCGACAACCUUGCUGACUGCUGCAACCAAUGCGGGCAGGGAAGUGGGAGCCAUCACCCAGCUGACGGUCAACGGCAUGAACAUCUCCAGCAUUAUGAUAUCAGGAACGGGCUUGGCCAACGGCAUAGUCGAUCUGGUCUUGAAAUACAUGGAUGGCGACGAUAUCUCGGCCAUGGACGCUCUGCAACUGUCCGCUUCACUGGUGCUGUUCACGCACAGUGUCUACAACUUCAAGCUCGCGUCGACCAUAAUCAGUGAGACGUCCAAUAAUAGGAUUGGCACCUAUCGCCAGACGCUGAGCAAUCGACAGAGGUACAUACAUACAUACAUUAUCUUAACUGAGAUUGUACCUUCUAAUCUUUCUAUUGCAUUUAAUGCAAUUACCUAA